GGAAGAAAGGCGUGUCUCUGGGAGAGUUGCAGGCGAAGCAAGCGUCAGGCUGAGCAGUUUCUUGCUGGCUCGGGCGCUCGCCUGUCUUCCUUCUUCCGUCGCCUUCCCAUGGAGCGGAUCGCCUGGCGGGGGCUUCUUCCUCUGUGCCUAUAGCCGGGACUCGCCUGCCGCCGUCGCACGUUCUUUUCCUCGCUCGCUGCUGCAGCUUACCGGGCCGCCAUGGGAGACGUGAUCUCCGCACACCUGGACGAGGGCCGCCGCCAAUUCAUCGCAGAAAAGACUGGCAAAGUGCUUGCAGAUUUCUCUCGGUUCUAUGAGGAGCAAUAUGGUGUUGCGCUCUUCAACAGUGUCCGUUAUGAAAUUGAAGGUGGCGGAGGACCCCAGCCACAGCUCCUGCACCGCAAGGUUCCACUAGAGGAUCGCACCAUCUUCUCGGGAAACCUUUUCCAGUACAUGGAAGAAAAUAAGAAGUGGAGAAACCGCUAUAGUGUUGUGCCACACAAUUAUGGGCUGGUGCUCUAUGAAAACAAACUGGCUUAUGAGAGGGGGCUGCAGCCCCGAAUUCUAAUCAACAGUGCUGGGUACAAAAUUCUCACCUCCGUGGAGCAAUAUCUGGAACUGAUCAACAACAACCUGCCAGGUCCUGCACCCAAAUCUGGCAAUGCCACCUUACUGAAGUGCCCCACCCAGUUCCCACUCAUCCUCUGGCAUCCUUAUGCCCGGCACUACUACUUCUGUGUGAUGACCGGCAAGGAACACGAGAAGUGGCGGGCUGUCUUCCAGGACUGUGUGCGGCACUGCAACAACGGAAUCCCAGAGGACUCCAAGGUUGAAGCUCCUGCCUUCACGGACGCCGUCCGCAUGUACCGCCAGUCCAAGGAGCAGUAUGGCACCUGGGACAUGCUUUGUGGCAAUGAAGCACAGGUCUUGAGCAACUUGGUGAUGGAGGAAAUCCUUCCUGAGCUGAAGAACAUGAUCGGCCCUCGGCUGAAGGGCAAAGCCCAGGAGAGGCACAGGGUUUGGAUCCAGGUCUCUGAUGCUGUGUAUAGGAUGGUUUACGAGCAGACGAAAGCCAGUUACGAUGCAGCUGUGACAGCCUGUGAGCAUCAGCGUCCCCGCAUGCAGAGCACUAUCCGCACAGAUAUGGACCAGAUCAUCCAAUCCAAGGAGCACUUGGCCAGCAAAAUUAAAGCCUCUGUCCUUUCCAAAGCCGAGAUCUGCGUGCGCAACCACGUCCAGCCUUACAUCCCUUCUAUCUUGGAGGCGCUGAUGAUUCCCACCAGCCAGGGCUUUGCCGAGGUGCGAGAGGUCUUCUUCAAGGAGGUCACCGACAUGAACAUGAACAUCGUCAAUGAAGGGGGAGUGGAGAAGCUGGGGGAGUACAUGGCCAAGCUUUCCCAGCUGGCUUUCCAUCCAGUCAAGAUGCAGUCCUGCUACGAGAAGAUGGACCAGUUGAAGCUGGAAGGGCUACAGCAGAGAUUCGAUGUGUCCAGCGCCUCCGUCUUCAAGCAGCGCGCCCAGAUCCUGAUGAGGCAGCAAAUGGACGAUGCUGUUUACACCUUUGAGACUCUUCUUCAUCAGGAGCUGGAGAAAACAACAGACAAAGAUGAGCUCUGCAAGACGAUCCAGCGCAUCCUGGAGCGGGUGCUCAAGAAAUAUGACUACGACAGCAGCACAGUGCGGAAGAAGUUCUUCCGGGAAGCCCUCCUGCAGAUCACCAUCCCCUUCCUGCUGAAGAAACUGGCACCCACUUGCAAGGGGGAUUUAUCGAAAUUCCAGGAGCUGAUUUUUGAAGACUUUGCCCAGUUCAUACUGGUGGAAAACACAUAUGAGGAGGUGGUGCUACAGUCGGUCAUGAAGGACAUCAUGAUGGCCGUGAAGGAGGCCGCGGUGCAGAGGAAACACAACCUUUACCGCGACAGCAUUGUGAUGCACAACAGCGACCCCAACCUGCAUUUGCUCGGGGAGGAGAAGCCCAUCAACUGGGGGGAGGAGUACGGCGGCCAGCCGGACUCAGACCCUUCGGACGAAAAACAGCGCCGGGCCAAGCAAGUGGUGUCAGUCAUCCACGUCGAGGAAGGGGCCUUGCCUUACGAUGUCACGUCUCUGGAGGGAUCCCCGGAACCGACGGAGCCGGAAGAACUGGGCCGCUCCCCGAGCUCUCCCACGCAGGGCUCUCCCAGCAGCAUGAAGGAGCUUCGUGGGAUGCUGGUGAAGGAGUUUCAGGUGGAGGCUCCGGUCACAGUCAGCGAGAAGGCAGAGGAGCAGCUGAGCAACGGCACUGUCAUUCAGGAGAGCAAAGAAACCGUGAAAGAGAAAGAGGAAAAAGCGCCAGCAGAGGGUUGCCCUGCAGAAUUCCCUGUUGCUCCGCAGAUUGAGGAAAGGGAGGUCGUCGCUACCACACCGGCCUCUCCUGCCAAACUUCCAUCCCCGGCACCUGCUGGGGAAGUCCAGAAGGACUGCCUUCAACCCAGCGACAAGGAGAUGGGGGAGGAGGCAUCAGCCCAGAGCUGCGAGGCGGAAGCGGAGCCUCCCUCGACAACUAGCGGCGGGGCUGCAGAAGACAGCGAGGGGGUGCAGACUGAGUUCUAAGCCAGGCCCCCCUCCCGCCGGAGGAUUUCUCUCAGCCACGUUAGCACCAAAGGCAGACUGGAGUUGGUGACCCUGUGGGGUGGGGGGCUGGGGGGGCGGGCAAGGGUAGGCGACGCCUCGGCGUGGUCCAGCAGCAUCCGUUUUGCGAUGUGGUCCAAGCCCUCUGGGAGGGGUGCUGCCCUUGGGAGGGGGAGGGAAACGAGGACGGAGUCCCCAAAAUGAUCGUGUUUGCUGCAAGGUGCUCCAGCUGCCUCAUGGGACCAGGCUGUUGCUGACCCUUCUGGGCCUCUGUAGCCCUGAAUAGAUUGCUUUCCUGCUCCCCUUCUUUGUACCUUUGUUCUAAUUGGAUUCUUUCAAGUCCCCCGCCACUACUGAUGCUUGAUCUCGGACUUCAAGAAUGCUUGGAGCAGCAGAGCAGUGUGGCAGCCAGAUCUCCAUCUGUACAGCAAAUAUUUUAAUGUCUGCAUCAAUCUGACUUGGUCUCGUAACUCAGUCCUAUGUAACUCCACCUGGGUCGCUCUCUUAUGGACGGUAGAAGCUGAUUUAUGCAAACAAUUCUUUUGUCUACAGGGAUGGGGGAGGGGGACUUUGUCUCCCUCCUCCCGGCCCCUCCCCACAUGCUGCAAUCUCAUACCCCAGCUUUCCCUGGACCACAGAAUCCAGGUGCCUUUUGUGGCAGUUUUGGGAAACUCAGAAGCAGCAGAAGCAGGAUUGCCCAUCCUGCCUCCCUGUCCAAAGUCCCCCCCCCCCCCCGGGGGUGAGUAAAGAGCCCCAAUGAAAAGAACGUAGCAAGUGAAAUGAGCAAAAUCUAACUUUGAAAGAAGAAGCUUAAGAUUUAAAUGACCGCAGGAAACGGAUGUGAUGUUGGAAGGAGAGGUGAGUAGGAAUGAGGAGGCUGCAGAAUGGAUCUUUUUUUUAAAAAACCCGUGAGCAUCGUGGGGCUAAGUCUGCAUACGAAGCCAAGCGUGCUCUGGAUAUCCUCAUAUAUUUACAAGCCACAAAACGAUACCCGCUGGUUAAUGCAGGGAGGAUGCUUGCGUGUAGGUUUCCCCCACUCUGUUAAUGCUUAUUUGUUUUGCUAGAAACCCUGCAGGUCUUCUGCGGUUUUUAAAAAGAUGAGUGUAUUGGAACCUUUCCAUUAAUGCACUAGUGGGGGGGGGGGUGUCACAUUUGAAGCAGCCCGCUAAGAUGACGUACAAAGUUGUGUGUGUAUGUGUUCAUUAAGUGUGUAAUUCUGGUCCGAAGGGAUUGCUGAAUUGUAUUUGCCUUUGGGCCCUUGUAGGGCUACCAGUGCUGGCUCAUUUUGGAAGAAAAUAAUGCAUUUCCUGCAUUGGAAAUGUCCUGGAGGAUGCUACAGAUUUACUGCUAAAAAACUCAGUAAUAUUUGAGAAGGAGGAAUGAAGUUCAGAGAUGUUGGCUGAUGUUUUUGGAUAGAACCUCAUUCUCACAUGUUCCUAGAUUUUGGAUGGCACCAUCCACUUUCUUUCCUGUAUUUUUUUUUUGUUUUUUGGUAGAACAAUUUGGAUAGAUCCUCCUUUUUUCCUACCCGUUCUGUGGAAUGGAUAGCCAACUGCAAGCUGAAUAAGCCCUAAAUUUGCCAACCAGUUUAAUCCACGUUUUACCUCAUGUGGGGCCCCGGGGGGGGAGGGGUGUGGGGUGGGGAAUCUGGAUAAAAACCAGCUUCUGACCUGUUGUUGCUCCCUCCCCCAGUUAAAUGCUCAAGACUUGCUUUUAUGUUACGCUGCGCAUCCUAUUGCUUUCUGCACCUCCUCUUGAGUUUUGAGGCCAUUUCCAAGGUUUUCGGUAAGCAGGCCGAUGAAAGGAGAUUGAAGAAUCCAAGUCGGGGAACCUCGUCUCAAGAGGUGCUUCAGACAUCUCCACCUAAAUAGGAUCCAAAUAUAGGACAAAACUCCCAGAUGUAUUCCAGAGAGGUAACAUGUCAUUGCCCCUGAGGUGACAAUGGCUGAUUCAGCUGUAAGAGAACAUGGUCAUGUGCUGCGUCUUUCUACAGGUGUAUUUUGGGUGGGCGAAGGAGUUGUACAGUAGCCCCUUAUGGAGCUGCGUGUCUGGAGGCUGACCAGGGAGUUGGAUUUGUGUGAAGUUGUACAACUGGGAUUUGGGCAGGGCAAGCUGGCCCAUCGGUUCAGGGCUGACAGCUGAAGAGGUUGCUAUUGUCUGCCAUGCCCUACUUGGCAUAAGGGGAAAGCAAAGGACAGAUGUACCCAGGUGGUCCUUUCUGAAAUAGCUUUGUUUGGAUGGCUGCAGAAUGACUUGGGUUGCGGCCCAAUCCUCACCCUCCCCAUCAAAGGCUUCUAAGGGAGCCGGACCCCUGUUCUGCAGUGUUGGGGGUAUAGGCCUAGAAAAAUCAUCCCUAGAAACAAGGUCAGAAGGCUUGGCAAAAUAGGUAUCUCCACCACGUGGCAGCAUUAUAGAACCUUCUGGUGCCAUGGGAAACGGGCUGUGACCCGAGCUGCCUUCUUUCUCUCUCUUUCGUUCCCCUCUCCCCAUCAAACUAGGGUAGAAUUCCAACUUCCAGAUAACUUUCUCAGUGUUUUGUGACUUCUUUGCUGAAAACGGUUGGGGCUCUGGGCAGAGGGAAAAAGGAUUGCUCAGGCAGGCUCCCACCUCCAUUUAAAAAAAAGAAAAGAAAAAAAAAGUGCCUUAAUGUUAAGAACCAAAGCCUCUUUUUCUCUUCCAAGAUAGUUUAUUGCAAAUGUUAUACCAAAUGUUUAAAGAAAAGUGCUUAUAUAUUAAUAAUAAAACCCAGCUUUAUUUAAUGUCA